UCCACCGAAAAAUUUUUGAUAAUCAAAAAUCUGAAAGCUCUUUCAAAAGUUCAAGAUAAGUUCAGAAUGCAGAUUUGUUGCAAGAUUAUCGUCAUUUAGGAAUUAGUAUACAAGCUCGUACCUCAUCUGUUCUCAAUUCGAAGGCUCAACUAAUGGCUCAUCAGUCCGAACGUGAAACACUCUGACAGAAACUUGAUUAAACUUGAUGAUUUUCAUCGUUUUAGAUAGUUAGUUUUUAACCAUGGCAGGAAAUUUCUGGCGAAGUUCGCACUACCAACAAUGGAUUUUUGACAAACAGGAUUUGAUUCGAGAAAGACAACAUGACUUGGCUAUUUUGACAGACGAAGAAUACCAGAAGAUAAUCAUGUUCUUCGCUAAUUGCAUUCAAUAUAUCGGAGAGCAGCAUAAAUUACGCCAGCAAGUCAUCGCCACUGCCACAGUUUACUUUAAACGAUUUUACGCUCGUAAUUCAUUGAAGAGUAUAGAUCCCCUGUUGCUAGCUCCGACGUGCAUAUUUCUAGCUGCGAAAGUAGAAGAAUUCGGAACUAUUUCGAACAACCGAUUAGUUGUUACUUGUACAAAUAUGGUGAAAUCUACUCAAUUCAAGGGAAUAUAUUCGCAAGAGUAUCCUUAUCGUGCGAAUCACAUAUUGGAAUGUGAAUUUUAUCUAUUAGAAAAUCUAGAUUGUUGUCUUAUUGUUUACCAACCGUAUCGUCCAUUAUUACAAUUGAUUGGAGAUUGUGGUCACGAUGAUCAGUUACUGUCUUUGGCUUGGAGAUUGAUUAAUGACAGCCUAAGGACCGAUGUUAGUUUACUAUACCCGCCGUAUCAAAUCGCCAUUGGUUGUCUUCAAAUUGCAUGCGUCGUGCUCCAAAAGGAAGGAUUAAAGACGUGGUUUGCGGAACUGAACGUUGACUAUGAUAAAAUACAAGAAAUAACCAGAUAUAUCGUGAAUUUAUUUGAUUUAUGGAAAGACUACGAUGAAAAAAAAGAAAUGCCAGGAUUAUUGGCUAAAAUGCCUAAACCGAAAACUCAAAGUAAUCGAUAAACCACUUAUAUCACAUUAUGCUCCACGGAAAAUCCAAUUAUAAGCAAAGAAGGUUCUUCAGUCCGUUAUGUUCGGUCUUCAGUCGAUGAUGCGAUGAAGGGAAAUGCGGCUUUGUUUUGACCGGCCCCUAUAUUUUUGCAUGAGGACUCGCAGUUCAGCAGUGUGGUUAUUUUAUGAUUAGAAUCUGCUUUCAACGACUGUUAAGAAAUUCGUCUCUGAUUUUUUUCUCAAAUCUUGCGAUAUAUUUUUAGAAUGAUUGUUUUAUUCAUGUUUAGAAUUAAGAAAUGUUUUAUUUUUCGAUGUAUUUUUUUAUACCGUUUGAUUACAUAGCGAUUGAUUCGA